AUGACGCAGUACUGUUUCAAACAGAUGCUCGCAGACGUCAUCGCCAAGGGUGGCUUGGCCAACACCACCCAACAACUGAACAUGACGGUACCGGUCUAUCUUAACUUCAUCUGGUCUUUCUGUCACAACCUCACAGCAAGACUAAUUGAGGACGAGGUUGCGAGGGCCAAACAUAAUGCCUUGUAUCUCAUUGAUAUUGAGAACUUGUAUACACCACAUUAUGAUAUGCCCAUCCUUGGCAUUGCUAGUCCAAUUGUGAUAUUACUAACUGUGAUACUGAAUAUCUUAACUAUGAUUGUGUUGUGUAAAACCUCCAUGCGCUCACCGACAAACGUGAUUCUGUUAGCAAUGGCCGCCGCGGACAUGUUUACGGGGCUUUCUCAGUUACCCUGGUAUCUGUUCGCGUUCCAUGAAGACCGCUUCACGGAGUACCCACCCUUCGGUUGGUGUGUCAUGUAUUACUACGUGUCUAUUGUGGCCGGGACGUGUUUCCAUACGGCGUCUAUCAUGUUAAACGUCAUGUUAGCCAUCCACCGAUAUAUAGGGAUUUGUCACCACCGCCGGGCGAAGACGUGGUGCGGCUACCGACCAGUGUUCAUCGGAAUAACCCUGAUCACCAUCCUAUCCAUCCUACCUCACGUUGUAAAAUACCUCGACCUGAUGAUCAUAGAGACUGAUGCGAUCAGUAAGACAGACCUUCAUCUCACACCUGCUGAUUCUGACUCUGUUUCCACCUGUAUGUUCACACACCGCGCAGGAUUUCAAACCAUCUAUCACAUCCAGAUCUACUUCUGGAUGCGCGCGAUUCUCAUCCAACUUCUGCCCUGCUUCAUCCUGGUCAUCGUCAAUGGCCUCCUCAUCCGGACCGUCGUGCGCAGCUACUGGUACAGAAUCCGGCUGACUUCCGGUAACAGGAGCGCGUCUAUCAAGGACCUACAUGAGACGCGGAGGGUCACAGUAAUGUUAGUGGUCAUCAUAACUUUCUUCUUGGCUACGGAGAUCCCCGUCGGUAUCGCCUACACGUUAUAUGUCAUCCGAAUAAUAACCAAGAUGUCGCACGUUGUUACCAAGGAAACCAUUUCAAUUCUAACUACAGUUACAAAUUUUCUGAUAUUCGUGAGCUCGCCAGUAAAUUUCUUCGUUUACAUAGUGAUGAACUCGAGGUUUCGUUUGGCGUUGACCGCUAUGUUUUGUUGCCGGAAGCAGCGCGCAGACGGUGAACAUCCGGGCAUUGUGAUGUUGCCAUGGAGAUUGAACACAACCAAUCUUACCUCCAUCAACACUCACUCGCACAGGUCAGGAAGCAGAAGUAACAUAUCUGUAUGCACGACUUAUAGCUCCAGGUGUGAUGUGAGGAGAGGCUCGAACUCGAGACACCCUUUACACGGGGACGCACACAAAAACAUUACCAGUGCUUUCCUGAGAGGUGUGGCCAUGAUAGCUUUGCGGCUGUCACGUGGGAGGUCACGUGAGAGGUCAUAUGAUGUUGGACGAGGUCAAGGUCAGGACGAGGAACCGCCGGUGAGGUGUACAAGUGUGUCAGGUGAAGGUCAUGGUACACCCAUCAUUGCCGAGACGAACCUUACCUGA